CCCUCCUCGCUCGCUCUCUCUCUCUCUCUGUCUCUCUCUCUCCGUCUGGAGGUCUCGGUAGCGUUGGGGAAAAUCAGGUGGCGGAGAAGAGAGGCGAAAAAACGGCGGCUGGGUUGUGCUUUCGGAUAUCCGCAGUGGAUUCGGUGGUUUUGAGAUGUUAGGAUUGGAUCCUGGUGGCUUGAAGGGUUUGGUUUCGGGGUUGGAGCUUCUCCACUGCUGCUGCUUCGAAGAUGUUUGAUUGGAACGAUCAAGAUCAGGUAGGUGACACCAUAUGGGGUGAACUAAGUGAGAGUGAGGACCAUAUUGUACCUUAUCCUAAGGGCACUGAACAGAGUACAUUUCUUAAUUUUGGAGAUUAUUACAAGAAACAGAAAAGCGAAGAAGCCAGCACUGUUUUAAGGUCCACUGAGCAGACGGCUGGAGCUAAAAAUGAUCUUUCUAGAUGUAAUCUGGAAAAUGAUUCCACCUUCAAAACAAAUGAAGAAAUUUCUACUCUGAGACUUGACAUGGAUUCAUGGCCUGAUUUGCCUUCCUUGAGUCCGGCACUUGGUAAAGGAUACCAUGAUGAACAUGGUCAGGAUACUUUACCGAUGGAAUUGAUGAACAAUUUCGAUGGAAGUACCGACCUGAACAAAGCAAGAGUGCAGCUGGAUGGUAAAUCUGAAAUGUUUGGCAACAAUCAUGAAGAUAAAGAGAGUGACAGUUUUCUUGAUUGUGAUUGGGCCAACAUCGGAGACUUUGAUGAUCUUGACCGAAUUUUUAGUAACAGUGAUCCCAUAUUUGGACGUGAAAUGGUUGGCAGUGGAGGGGAGUUUCUCUCUUUAUCUUCAGAUGUAAUUAGUGGCACCGCACAAUCAAUUCUGGUGCCUGAGAUGUCAUUAAGCGGGGAACAGCCUUUUGAUCAUUAUUCUUCAUCCUUUCAUUUUGAUGAUCUUUCUGGUGGAAACAGAAAGUCAGAAGAGAAGAUAGCAGAUAAUGCCAUGAAACCUGAGGAGCAAGCUGAAUAUAAAACCAGUGUUAUCAGUGACUAUUGUGGAACACACAACCAGUACCCAAGCAAGGAUGAUGGCCAGAAGAAGGUCUUAAGGUCUCAUAAAAAGGCAGAAGAAAGAAAAAUGAAAAAAACUCAGCCAAACUUAAACAGUACAUGGUCCCAUAAUGUUCGCCAAAGCCAUCAAUCUCCAAAUCCAAAUAUUGGUACUUUGGUUGAGACUCCUUUACAAACCUUUCAAUGUCCUGCCGUCAUUCAACAAAGGCAAGUUGGUGGUGCUGAAAGCAUGGGACAUCUUGGCCCCUCUAAUCAGUUUCUGUUCUCUGGAUAUGGAUAUUCUCCUUGUCAUUUUCCUGCCUUUCCUCUUAUGCCACAUAUUCAUUCUCAGAGGAACCAAAUGAAACGAGUUGUUAAUUGUAAAGUUUUUCCAGAUUCCUCAAAGAAUUCAAAUUCUUUCGGCAAACCACCCGAUAUACCUUCAAGACCAUUGAAAAUGACACCUCAAGAAAAGAUAGAGAAACUGAGGAGACGCCAGCAAAUGCAAGCAAUGCUUGCAAUUCAACAGCAACAACAGCAAUUGGGUCAUCAAAUUGCAGGUAGUGACGGUUUGGCCCCUCAAACAGGUUCACCAAAGAAACAAGGUCAGGAAUCUAUUACAAACUCUGCUGUAGUUGAUGAUGGUGCAAAUAAGCUUUCUGCAUCUAAUAUGAGCAUGUUAGUGGAUCAAGAUGAGUCCCAAAGGAUCUUGACAUCAAUUGAUGAUCGCUUGUUGGAAGAAAGCAUAUACUAUGAACUUCAAGAUGUCCUGGGGAAGUUGGACAUGCAAGUCCGACUUUGUAUUCGAAAUAGUUUGUUUCGUUUGGCCCAAAGUGCAAGCAAAAGACAAAGUGCUGGUGAUAGAAGUAGUACCAACGAAAGUAGCAAAGAUGAAGAUGAAGUUCCAGCAAAUCAGGAAACAAACAGACAGAACAGAUGCCAAAAAUUGCCAGGUGCAGAAGCAAAUACAAAUCCCAUAGACCGAAGUGUGGCUCAUUUGCUCUUCUACAAGCCUUCUGAGUCAUGUAUGAGAUCUGUGAAAGAUGAAAUACCACAAUCACCCAUUUCUUUUGACCCUGCUUCAAAGAUGCCUCUACACACUCAUGGGAGUAAUUCUGUGGAAAAUCCAGAGAACAUUGGAGAAAUGGAUGCGCAACCUUCAGUCUGAAAAUAAGCUGGUUGGAUCUUGUUGUGGAUGCUGGCGUUCUUUUGCUCGGUAAUGGUCCUACAAUACCGGGACAAGCUUUCCUCUUUCUAUGUAUAUAUAUUAAGUGGCCCUACGGAUCUUCGUUGACCGGACGAUAAAAGCCAGUCAAGGGUGUUUGUAUGCAUGCUAGUGGUGUGCAAUAAAUUCUAUACCUGAAGUGUGUAUAUGUAUAUGUUCACAAUUAUGCUGGAGAUGGCUGCUGAAAGAAAAUAUUCGCCAUUGUCUUUGUCAACUAGAAUACAUCAGCCAAUCCGUCUCCUGACUAGUAUUUAUGUGCACCCUUUGUGACAGAAACUUCAAUCUUUUGUCCUCCAGAAGACUUGGAAGCUGCCUUUAUUUGACAUUGUAUGAUAUUAUGUCCUUGAUCUGGUAACUCGUUGAAGGCAUUUUUCGCGAGGAA